AAUUCUGGCGCAGUUCGCCAACAGAGAGAGAAAGAAAUGGAUAGAUAGGAGUGUACGCGCACCACGGGAUCUUUUCCUACCUUUUUCUAGCUUCCCAAAGCUGGUAACACACGGCUGGUACUACAUCGUGCAGGAGUGUGCGGCGCCGGCAAGUGUUCGACAUCGUGGUAGUGCAAGAGGCCCCGAAGGCGGUUUGAAGGAGGGUCUAGUCAAGCAUAAGUGCUAACUCAAGAAUCUGUGAUUUUUCCAUUACACUUCCCCCACGCUGAUUGUGAUAUAUUAUUCUUCGCUCAUUGAUACCCCCAACAAACCGUCAAGAUGGUGCAAGGAGACGUGACAAGUGUGUUAAUGGACACCACCAACUUGGAGCAGGUGCGCGAGGAAGCCAAGGAAAGGCGUAAGAGGAGGAAGAAGAAGCGUUCAGGGUCCACUCUAGUUGCCAGUGUUUUCAGUGAUCUGUACAAACUUACCGGUGAGGUGUUGGGGCAGGGUGCAUAUGCUUCAGUGCAGACUUGUGUCAACAUCUAUACAGACAUAGAGUAUGCAGUAAAGAUCAUAGAAAAGGUACCAUCACACAGCCGAACGCGAGUCUUCAAGGAGGUUGAGAUGUUCCACCACUGCCAGGGACACAAGAACAUCAUUCAGUUGGUGGAGUUCUUCGAGGAAGAUGACAAAUUCUACUUAGUGUUUGAGAAGAUCUAUGGUGGGCCUCUGCUGUCCCACAUCCAGCGCAGGACCCACUUCACCGAAGCAGAGGCAUCCAUGGUGAUCCGGGACCUUGCCUCUGCCUUGGCCUUCCUCCACAGCAAGGGCAUUGCUCACCGGGAUCUCAAGCCGGAAAACAUUCUCUGCGUUUACCCUGACCAGCUUUGCCCCGUGAAGAUCUGUGAUUUUGAUCUUGGUUCCGGGAUUAAGUUCAACUCCAAUCUGAGCUCACCAUUGGCAACUCCACAGCUGCUGACACCAGUGGGCUCUGCUGAGUUCAUGGCUCCGGAGGUUGUGGAGGGCUUUAUUAAUGAUGAUGCUGGACCAUAUGACAAGCGGUGCGAUCUGUGGUCCCUUGGCGUGGUGACCUAUAUUCUCCUUUGUGGCUAUCCUCCCUUCUGUGGCAACUGUGGGGAAGAUUGUGGCUGGGAGAGAGGGGAAGCCUGCCCUCAGUGUCAGGAUCUCCUCUUUACAAACAUUCAGGAUGGCAGCUAUGAAUUCCCCAAACCUGAGUGGUCCUUAAUCAGUGAGGAAGCAAAGGACCUGAUUAAAAGGCUGCUGGUGAAGGACGCCUCCCAGAGACUGUCUGCAGAGAUGGUCCUGGCUCAUCCCUGGAUCAGGAAUGGAGGCCCCACCACCUGCCUGGAGACUCCUAACAUUAUCAGAAAGAACCACAGUGCACACCAGCUGUCCUUGUUUGCCGAGUCCUGCAUGGCACUCAACAGGGUACUGCUGCAGCACUUCAGCAUGAACCAAGAUGAGGAGUGCGAGAACAUGCACGGGGACGAGCCGCCCUUUGGCCUGUCACCGCCAUCAGAGUCACGGCUCGCUCAGCGGCGCCUGCGUUCUCUCAGCCUCAACACGGAGCACCUCCUCACUGCCACCGGUUAGCUGGCCUUCCCGCCAGUCACUCAGGGUCAGGUGCCGAGUCUCAGCACUAGCUGUGCACGGCACCAUUUGUUUUUCAUUCUUGAUUAGGCUUAGAGUGCCCUGUGCUGGUCUGUCGGCAAGAAUCUUUGUGCAACACAAAGAGUCUGGCUGUCAGGGAGGCUGGGAACUGUCAUACUAAGCCUCAGGUUUUUCUAUCUUGUAAUAUUACAAUAAUAACAUUUAAUGGAGGUUUAGCCAGCUCAUUAAUGAUCAAAUAUAAGAAAAAAUAAAAAAAGAUUUGUCUUAAGUUUAUAUGUGUAGGCACAAAAUUUGAAAUAUAUUUUCAUAUGAUAUGCUUUAUUGAUUGAGUUCAGGACAUUAAGAUCAGUUCUUGAGAUUUGCGUGCCAAUAAUGAAAACAGUGUGGGCUACAACCAACAAAUUAAGUACAAAGAUUAUUAAGAAAAUCCUCUGAAUCUGUCCUGACUGAUACUAUAAAUUAGGUUUAUGAAAUGUACGGUGGUGUGGCUUGCUCCCCCCAGAGGGUGGUGUGUGUGGAUCGCUAGGAGUGGGCAUUGUGAUAACUCUUAUUAGUGUGUAAGUUCAAAAAAGGACCCAAUUGUAAUAUUGCUUGGAAUAAUGUUUCUCUUUGUGUGUGGUGCUUAGUAACUUAAGUUGAUAGUUGUAAACCCAGUAAGUGCCUACGCUUUCACGUGUCAUCAUAUGACAUUUGAGUCCCAAAUUUGUUAGGUGUUUUCAAAAGAGCAUUGAUUUCAGGUGAAUGAAAAUUAGGUCCAGACAAGCCAGAGGGUUAAUUCAGGGCAGUUCAGCUUCAAUCAUUUACAUUGUAUUAUUAUCUAAAGUGGCUUCAGCAUCAAGCUUGUUGGUUCUAGUCGCAUUAAUGAAUGCACGGAACGCUCUAGCAUAAGUUGGCUAGAGCGCUGUAUCAUCCAGCAGACUGGUGGGAGUGAUGAGUGAUCACACAGCAACAGGUCAGCCGGCUAUUAUUCUCGGUGCCAGUUAGAGCUGCUAUUGACCUUGUGUUAGGAGCAGCUUGGCAACCUGCUGCCACUCACUCCAUUGUAGGGAAGGAAUUGUUCCCGAGCCAAGCCCUCUGGUGUCGCCUAGUGUCAGGGAGCUUGUGCUGGACCCCCCUGUGGGCCGGACAGGCAUGGCACCCAUGUGAGGCUGCCCUUCAAAGUGAUGUGUGUACCUGGAGUGCCAUGGCUUGUGUGCACGCUGCCCCAUCCCGCACGAUCCACACACACUGGUCCCGUAGAAUUACGUUUUUGUUACUGUUUUCUAUCUUUUUAUACAUUGGAAUAGGAGAUAAAAAGUAAGAGUUGAUUACUUUAUAAAUUUGCCAAAAAGAAAGGGUUCAGUUUCCUGCGGGGUCGGAGUGGACCCCUUCCGUUUUUUAUUUUUAUUUUUUUAUUAUUAUUUUUUAUUUAUUUUUUUUUAUUUGUCAUCUACCUAGUACCUUACCUUGUAUUUGAAAAGGUAUUCAUAGAUUACCUUUCAAUUUGUAAGGUAAAGACUAGUUUUGAAGACAUUUUGGGGCAUCUUUAGGUCAGCUAGGUUUGUCCAGGCCAGCCAAGGCGCUCACCCCAGACAGGCUGAGAUGUAACAGACUAGUCUUGUAGAGAUGUCUUUGGAGGCUGAUGUAGUCUGUUGUCUAGAGCUGCCAUGGCACUCUUGUACUCAAAGCUUUGUAACUUGGUAUAGCAGUGUCUGGGCAAGUGUGGCCAUGGGACCUGUGCCAUUCCCAUGCUGGCCUAAAGCCUUCCCCCCUAACAUUCCUCAUCCCACAUUUUUGUCACCCGCUGCGCGGUCGGUCCACAACACUGUUCCAUGUUUCCCUCGUGCUCCUCUUGUCUUGUAUCAUUGAUCUCAUUAUUUGCAACCUGUUAUCAAGGUUGCAUCAAUUCAUCACCCUCCCCUAUACUUGUUCAUAAUUUAUUUUUUCAUAAACAAACCCAGUGUUUCCUUUCAUCCACCCAUCAUAGAGACCUAAUUUUCAAACAACACAAUAGCGUUAACCACAUUUGUGGUGAGCGUUGUUAGAAAUAAUGUUGCCGAUGUUCAAUAAGUGGUGUAGUGAUUUCUAGUGGUUUGAAGAAAGUGUUAAGCAUCGUGUGUUGUUUGUUAAUUACGGAGUGGGAGUUGAGUUUUCAUGCGAUAGUAGCUCAAGGACCGACCACGCUGCUUCAUCCGUCAUCCUUGUCUUCCCGUUGUACAGCCACCAAGGCAGUACGUGAGGAGAGAACAACACCUUUACAUACAAGCGGCCCCCUUCUCGCCCUUGGUGCAAAGAGACGAGCUGAGCCGACCCUCAUCCAGGGCGAUGCUAGGAGUUCUCACUGUUCAAAACAGCCCGCAUUAGCUAGUCUCAUCACAAAGAUCUUGCAAUAGCAAAUGAAAAGAUGUAUGAAGAUUAUCAAAACUUAUGUGAAUUGAGAAUUUAUAUUGUAUAAUUAUAAAAGAAUAGGGAGGCCAAUGUGUAAUUAUACAACGUCUGGUGUACCUGCAUUGAAGUUCUGAUGGUACGAUUGGCGAUUUGUUUUGGUAAAAGGAAUUGUACUGUGAAAAAGAAAGUCAACUUGUAUCUUGUACUGUGCCCUGUGCUCACUCAACAACAACAAUAAAAAGAGCAGCAGCAGCAGGGAAGAAGUGCAAAUAAAAAGUUAUCUUUUUAAA